GGAGCCCAACCUGUUGCUGCGGCGGCCGAGCGGGGAAGGAGGGCGGUCGGCCGCCCCGGAGGAGGGCUUUGUCUGCGCCCGGCUCCGCUCCCCCCGCCGCCGCUCCCGCUCCCUCUGCCCGCCCGCUUCUCGCUCUCGCUCUCCCUCUCGCUGUGGUUUUUGUAAGGUAGGUUGCAGCGCGUGUGUGUGUACACAACAUCGAGAGCAGGAAAAUGGACUCAUUAGGGAGGCAGGCGGUCGGGAGCGCUCGCGCUGUAGUGCCGGGGAGACGGAGGCUAUGAGGAGGCAAACUGAGGACGGGGGAACAAGCUGCAUAAAAAAGAAGUGUUGAGAGCUGCUCUUAACCCUUUUGGAGCCCGAAGUCAAAAGGGAACUAGAGGGCUUGACACAUCCCUUGCAUCUUCCAUUUACUCUGACCGCAGUCCCUCCCUGUUCUCACAAGUGGAGCUAAGCCCUGCUUCCCUUCCUCUUGAUUCCCAGACUGCUACAUGACUGCCUGAAGUUACAUUGUAGAUGCUGAAAUCACUGCACCUUAAAAACAAAAAGAUUAAGCUGCGCUGCAUUCUUAUUUAUAGAGGCAUGUUAUAGAAAUAUGUAUUAAGAAGUCCCUGGGUCCUAGGAGAACAUAUCAAGUUGACUCUGGCUAGAAGCAAACAAAUUACCUUCGUGGUCCUGGUCCUUUGGUUCCACGCAAUUAUCGACUGAGCUGAAGGAGAUCUCCCUAUAGCUCAGUGGUUGGCAGUUUUCCUCAACUUUGCAAGAGAGAGAGAGAGAGAUUUGGUUGGAAUGAAACCUUGCUCUUCGUACGGUCCACUUGAGAUGCAGCUUUGAAAGAUCACUCACAAUCAAUUUGUGGCCUUCCUCUGAAGGAACCUUUCCUGACUCUUGUGUGAGGAAACUGAGGCAUAGAGAUUCUGAGUGACUUUUCUAAGUGCACAAAGCAAGUCAGUGGCAGAGCCAGGAAGAUAACCUGGGAAUGCUGGAUCCCAGUGCCACGUGCUGACAGUUAGGAAACACUACCCCUCUGAAUACACAGCCUCUCUCUGUUCCCUGCCCCAAUGAACGUGUGCACUAAGUCCAAGGCCUGGAGUAAUUUACCUGAGGAGUGAUACCAUUUGGAAACCACUGAAGAAACCCAAGACAGCUGAAAACCAGAAGGCGUCUGAGGAGAAUGAGAUUACUCAGACGGGUGCAUGCAGCGCCAAGCCAGGCCUUCCCUGCCUGAACCUUGAAGCUGUUCCGUCUCUGAGCCCGGCCCUCAUCUACUCACCACAUUCACCAACAAACUUACACGCACACACAAGGUCAUCUGAUUGUAACAUCAGUUGCAAGGGGAUGACAGAGCGCAUUCAUAGCAUCAACCUUCACAACUUCAGCAAUUCUGUGCUCGAGACCCUCAACGAGCAGCGCAACCGUGGCCACUUCUGUGACGUGACGGUCCGCAUCCACGGGAGCAUGCUACGCGCCCACCGCUGCGUGCUGGCGGCUGGCAGCCCCUUCUUCCAGGACAAGCUGCUGCUGGGCUACAGUGACAUCGAGAUUCCCUCAGUGGUGUCAGUCCAGUCUGUGCAAAAGCUCAUUGACUUCAUGUACAGUGGGGUGCUGCGGGUCUCGCAAUCAGAGGCCCUCCAAAUUCUUACAGCUGCCAGCAUCCUACAGAUCAAGACUGUGAUUGAUGAGUGCACAAGGAUUGUCUCACAAAAUGUAGGAGAGGUCUACCCGGUGAUUCAGGAUUCUGGACAGGAGACACCCAGAGGAACACCCGAAUCAGGCACCUCGGGGCAGAGCACUGACACAGAGUCUGGCUACCUGCAGAGCCACUCACAGCACAGUGUGGACAGGAUCUACUCGGCCCUCUAUGCCUGUUCCAUGCAAAAUGGCAGCGGGGAGCGCUCCUUCUAUAGUGGGGCUGUGGUCAGCCACCAUGAAACAGCCCUGGGUCUCCCUAGGGACCAUCACAUGGAAGACCCCAGCUGGAUUACCAGGAUCCAUGAACGAUCACAGCAGAUGGAGCGGUACCUCUCUACCACUCCAGAGACCACACAUUGCCGCAAGCAACCACGCCCUGUCCGAAUUCAAACAUUGAUGGGCAACAUCCAUAUUAAGCAGGAGAUGGAGGAUGACUAUGACUACUAUGGCCAACAGAGGGUGCAGAUCCUUGAGCGCAAUGAGUCUGAGGAAUGCACUGAGGACACUGACCAAGCAGAAGGCACUGAGAGUGAACCCAAAGGGGAGAGUUUUGACUCAGGAGUCAGUUCCUCCAUUGGUACUGAGCCUGAUUCUGUGGAGCAGCAGUUUAUGACUGGUCUGGGCAGGGAUGGACAGCAGGAACCUUCUCAAGCAGAUCAAAAUGAUAUCCCUGCUGAUGGCAGUCAGCCUCAGCAGCAGCAGCAGCAGCAGCAUGUGGAUGCCAACUCUUCCUCGCCAGAGAGAGGCAACGACGUUGAAAUGGACAGCAAAGGGCUCACAGUCAAUAACAGCACCGAAAAGGGGGCUUUGCAGCCUUCUGUCAACACAACUGUUGCCCAACCAUUGCCAACCACACAGAUCUACUUACGCCAGACAGAAUCCCUCACCAGCAAUCUGAGGAUGCCACUGACUCUGACCAGCAACACUCAGGUCAUUGGCACAGCUGGCAACACGUACCUGCCUGCCCUUUUCACUACACAGUCUGCUGGCAGUGGCCCUAAGCCUUUUCUCUUCAGCUUGCCCCAGCCCAUAGCUGGCCAACAGACACAGUUUGUGACAGUGUCCCAGCCUGGCCUGUCAACUUUCACUGCUCAGCUGCCAGCCCCUCAACCCUUGGCCCCAUCUGCGGGCCACAGCACAGCAGGUGGGCAAGGCGAAAAAAAGCCUUACGAGUGCACUCUCUGUAACAAGACUUUCACCGCCAAACAGAACUACGUCAAGCACAUGUUUGUACACACAGGUGAGAAACCCCACCAGUGCAGCAUCUGUUGGCGCUCCUUCUCUCUAAAGGAUUACCUAAUCAAACACAUGGUGACGCACACUGGCGUGAGGGCCUACCAGUGCAGCAUCUGCAACAAACGGUUCACCCAGAAGAGCUCCCUGAAUGUGCACAUGCGCCUGCACCGCGGGGAGAAGUCCUAUGAGUGCUACAUCUGCAAGAAGAAGUUCUCCCACAAGACCCUGCUGGAGAGGCAUGUGGCUCUGCACAGUGCCACCAACGGCACGCCUGGAGCCGCCGGCACCGGUGCCAGGGCCGUCCCCGCCGGGGUGGUGGCCUGCACAGAGGGGACCACAUACGUCUGCUCUGUCUGUCCAGCUAAGUUUGACCAAAUUGAGCAUUUCAACGACCACAUGAGGAUGCAUGUGUCAGACGGAUAAGUAGAAUCUCUCUCUCUCUUUGUUAUGAACAAAAAAAUAGAAACAACAACAACAAAAAGCUAUGGCACUAGAAUUUAAGAAAUGAUUUUUGUUUCAUUUUUACCUUUAUUUUCCUCUUUUUUUUUUUUUUUUUUUUUUUUUUUUUUUUUUUUUUUUUUUUUUUUUUUUUUUCCUUGCUGAUGAUUUGUUUUUUGCCUGCUGGUACAUUACAUUUCCGGAGGCUGGGUGAAUAAUAAUUUUCCCAGCCUCCCUUGGAUGGUGGCCUUAAGGCCAGGUAGUGCUUCACGAGCUCCACUGGUUGGAUCUCUAACUACUGGCCUCUAAAUACAACCCUUCUUUACUACAAAAAACAAACAAACAACAAAAAAAAAAAUCAUAAAAAAUCAAAAAACAGACAGAAAAAAUAAAAAAAAAAAGAUUUCUUUUUUCUCACUUGUGAAGAGCACUACAAAAAAAAAAAAGAAACAAAAUAUAUUACAAAAUCUACAAGGCCUACUGUCGUUAUAAGUACACCGCUCGCAGUGUUUCAAUGGACAUAAUUUCACAAUGCUGACCGCUUUUGGACUUCACAGUAUCCAGUUAGAACUGUGGAAUAUUUUGCUUCUGGUUUAGCAGCAACCAGAGGAACCAAGGCCCUGCUGGUCUCCACCACGUGUCUGCUUUCUCACACACACGCAUCCACAAACACACAAAAGGGCUGAGGGGAGUGCAAGGCAGUGUGGCUUGGAUAGUGUGGAGUCCCUGCAGGGUGAGGAAAAAGAAUCAGAGGUUCCUCACCUGGAUUCUGCUCCAUCCCACGCUCUCUGGCUCACCCUCCCCGCUGCUUUUCCCAUAUCAUCAUCACGUUACAGCAGAAACCAAGAAGAUUCAGACAACGAGCAACGGUGGCUUUUUUUGUAAAUUAUUCAGUGUCUUCGCUGAGCCCAGGGCCUCAGCACAAUCAAGAGGGACUUUCACAGAAGGCAAAGAGAAACACAGAGGAAAAUCAAAGAUAUCAGAGGUUGCAACCUAUGGAUCUAGGUACAAGAGAAGGGUUAGUUCCCACAAUCUUUGCAAAAAAAGAAAAAAAAAAAAAACAAAAAAGAAAAAAAAAACAAGUUGCAUCAGGAUUUAUUCUUGUGGAAGAAGGAGGAAUGGAAGGGUGGGCGGGGAUGGGAAUAAUUAAAGAAGAAAAAGAGUUCUUGGGACUUUUUUUAAUUCAAAAUUUUAUAGAGGGGGCAAAAGUAACGUUUACCAGAUAGAAUGCUGAUUUUUUUAAUAUAUUUACAACAGUAUUUGUGUAAAAAAAAAAACAAAAAGUGAGAUUGUUAAAGUAAUUUCUCUUUUUUUUUCUGUUUGUUUUCUUUUUUUGUUUUGCGUACACUGCCACUAAUAUCUUCUCUUUUAUUAUAUAUAUGAAUAUAUAUAAAUAUAUAUUUUAUUUUAAAUUGAGACUGUUAAGGUUAGCUAACCUGCUUCCAGAUAGACGGGGGAGGGGAGAUGAUCUUGAUUUUUAUUUUAAAAAAGAGGAAGGAUGUUUCUUAAUUUUUAUUUUUAUUUUUUUUUCCGAGUAUUAUUUCUCUCUCUUUCUCUCUCUCUCUUUUCUAAUGGAAUCAAGAAUUACCUGGGUCGAUGAGAGGCUCUGUGAAGUCAUCUGUGGGAUUAUCUACUAGAGUUUGUGCAUCCUGCAGUGUUGGUUAUACUUCUGCUUUGUUUUUGAUGUAUGUGGUUCUCUUUUGGCUCUUACCAAGGUUCUGUUAUUUCUGGUUUUGAUUCCAUCUCAAAAUUUAUUUCCACUGAAGGGAGAUUCCUUUUGAGAAAGAGAUUUUCUCUCAGUGUUCCCUCGGUUUUGGGGAUGGUUGAAUUUGUAGUCUUUUUCUUGUCUUUCUUCAUUUUUGCAAAUGUAUUAGAAGUUUUGGAAGUAUGUAAUAACUAGGAUUCCCCUUAUUUUUGGUCACUGGACGAGAAUUAAUACGCUGCAUUGUUCUCUCAUCCCUGCCUUGCUCGCUAGAGAGCUUCCAUAUUUGUAUGGGAAUCUGAUCCUUCCCCUGGUAGUUUGUGCUGAUGCCAAAAUGACUUAAAACGUUACCAUUGCGUAUAACCUUCUUCAUUUGCAAAAAUUCUAUCUUAAGGGCCACAUCCCACAUUCUCUGCAUAUGCAAAGCUAUGCAAGGAAUGUAGGAUCAGUGUGAAAGGUUGAUUCCUGAUCUGCAUAUAUGUGUUGGUGUAUUGUAUUUUGUUUCAUUGUAUUUGGGCUAGUGAUCUCCCUAGUCAUCUUAUGUGUAUCUGUGUGAGAAUUUUCCCCCAAAGCCAACUCCCAAAGUACGUGGGUCCUUAGUUCAGUUGGAUCAGAGUCUGACACUGUCUUUGUCUUGCUUGAAAUCCAUAGCUAGGAUUUGCACCAGCUGCACUCUGGACUUUAUAUUUUAGGCAGAGAAGAAGCACCUAACAAAAAAUAUGCAAAAAGGAAAAAAAAAAAAAAGAAAAAUUUUUAGUUUAGCUUUUACUUGCGUCUAUACUUAAAUUAAGCUUUCUUAAGUUUACGAAACUUUGCUUGUGAACUCUGAGCAAUUCACAUGAGACAUUCUUUUAUGCUGGACAACUUUCUAAAUACUGAAUCAAUAGGAUUACACAUAAAAUGUGUGAUCUUUACACCUGCAGCUUCUGUAUUCAGCACAAGUAACUCCAUUGCUACAUUCUAGGCCUGUUGCAUUUCUGACUUUUUAUAGGGAAAAAUAAUGGCACAUACUUCAGUCUCGGAAUCUUUCAGUAACCUGCAAGGUAUUGUUCAGCAGAUCCUAAGUGUCGAAGGCCUGAUUCUCACUUGCACUAGACAGCGUAAAGAGACUUUGGGAUGAGUGCCAGAGCAAAUGAGCCUUUUAUGUGGUAACGUCUUUUUUGUCACCAGUUUCUUCAGGUAGUUGAAGGAUUUUCAAGAGGUAUCUUCACGUUGUUUUCAUGACCACACUGGUAAUAUCAGUGCUGACCUGUAAAGCUAGAAGUGAAAAGACUAAGCCUAAGACAAAGAGGAAGAACUAGUAUCUGCUGUGUGAAGGCAGACUAAAUCUGGAAAUUCAGGUUGUAGAGACCAGGGUGGGUAAGAUUAUAGAAUGAUGAGCCUAUACAAAAUGAUUUAAAGGCGUUUCUGUGAGGAAAGUUAGGCUCGUUCGUUCCUUUGUUAUUCUGAGAUCUUUAGUAUUGAAAUGCGUUGUGCUCUCCAGUUUGAAGAAUUAAUGCAUUUUGCCUGGCUUAAAAAUUUGUAGCUGUUCAUUUGCCAUCUGAGGUCUGGGGAAAAGCUGUUUAAUUUGCCACUGUUCAAUCUGGUCAACUAUAGUCUAAAUGUAGCCUAUUAUGAAAUACGAUUCUGAUACCAAAAGAGAUACCCAUACACAGUAAGUAAGAAUCAAGGUUUACAUCCAGCAAAAUCCUAAUAAUAGUUUAGAGUGAGAAGUCCUAUCCAAAUUUUAAUUCUUAAAUUUUCAACCUUUCCUAAAUGAAAAAAGCAUCAUGUUUGAAAUGCAAAUUUAUUACAGGGCAUUAUCAAUUUAAAGUCAAUUAAAGAUCAGUUACGAAUGAAUGAAUGUUGCCAAUUAAAAGUAAACUCCUUGAAGUAAAGCCAAGGGAUAUAAAUUGAAUUCUAAAUCACUUGACAGAAAGCUUAGGCCAAGGUCUUCGCUAACAGAAAUAUAAACAGAUUUUGUCAAAUGUCUAGGCUCAAAAAGCAGUGGCUAGAGUUUGUAAAAUAUGGAGCUGGAAAUGCUCAUCAGGUCACUUAUGUAUUUAAGCACCCCUCUGUGAACUUAGGAGCUCAAACAUAGAUCCCUUUGUCUUUUAAAAUGUUAAAUUAUUUUUAGUAAUGCUUCCUUCUGACCAUAGAAAUAUUUGUGUACUAUGUGAAAACAACUACAGUAGCUGAUUUUUGCAAGUAUUAUUCAGCUACAUGUAUUGCUAGGCCCAGUGAUCUACAAACUGCAGUUGACAGUGUUUAGGUGCAUCUGUCUCAGUAUGCUCAAAGGGUUUCCUUCAAAGCACCUAAUAAAAUUACAUAGGUGAGCAAGAGUGGACAGUAACACGCAUCCCUUUGAUGUGUGAAACACACAACAUCCUGCAUUCCUUGAACCCGAUUCUCACUUUCCCUAAAGCUCUCCUUAUUUUGCUUCAAGCAAUGGAAAAUGGCAUCAAAUGGGGCACAAAUUCACAUGUAGAAAUGAAGGCUUGUCUACACUGCAAAAGUGGAAGGAAGUUGUAGGGGAAAUGAGAGGUAAGUGCCUUCUCGUACUGCUGCUGAGGCUGAUGAAGUCAAUUGAAAAUGCAGGGACAGCCACAGCAGAUUCACCCUGUGGACCACCUCUCUUGGUGUUCUGUCUCUAAGACUCAUGUUGGAUAAUUACAAAGUAGUAAACAUAAGGGAAAGAUUUUCUAUAAUCCCUAUUAGAUAUGUAUCUGCUUAUAACCUGAAGACAUAGUGAUUGAUGGCCUUAACCUUUUUUUCCCAUAUAAAAAUUGCAUAUUGUGGCAGAUAAUUCUCAUUAUCCUAUAAAGAUCUAGCUUAUUAAUUGAUAGAUGGCCCCACUGCUAUCCUAUGGAAAUGAGUUGCUCCAUGUAAUUACUGCCUUACAGAAAAAAAAAAAUCAUUUUCUGGUUAAAUUUGUGUUUGUUCAUUGAAACACCGUUGUUCUUGUAUCCUGUGAAAACAUAAAUCAGAUGACCAAAAUUUGUCUUCUCUUGCCCAUUCCCCUGAAGCCUGCCUCUCUCUGGGAAAUCUGAAUCCACAAGGAAUGCAGGACCAUGAGAUCAGUGUCUACUGGUCAGAAAGGAGAUAACAGCUAGCAGCUCUGUGUGUGUGUAUGUGUGUGUGUGUGUGUGUGUGCGCGUGUUGGGCAUGUGCAUCUGUGAGGUUCUCCUACAAUAUUUCUUGCAGAGGCACAGAAAGAACAGCUCUUACAUAAUCAGAAAAUAACAAGAGAGUACACCAGUAUUUAGACAUUGUAUUACGAGCAUUUUGAGCUCAUCACUUCUCUCACAAAACCCACAUUAAUCAUCUCUCUUAAGGGAAACAGAUGUAGAUGUGUUGCAGGAGCUGCUUGGAACAGCAACUGUCUUGCUUCCACUAGACCCACUUCUGGCCCAAAUUCACAAUACACUAACGGAGAGAAGUAUCAUUUUCAUCCAAAGAAAAGUUGAUUAGUAAACCACAUCAGCCCCCUUGUUUCUUACUGACCCCAGACUGACUGAUUUCAGUCAUCUUUAAGCUGCUCACUGAAAGCUGGAUUGUUCAUGUAGUGGAAGAACAGAUCUCUUUCCUUUAGUAGUAUUCUAGCAUGUUCUGCCUCUCUUAGUAUAGAAAAUAAACCUUGCAGGGGGAAGGCACAAAACAUACUCUUUGCAUAAGCACUGAGUCCAAUCCAAAAACAUUUCAAAUAUAACCAGACCUCCAGUGUGCUUAUGACUAUGACCCUUUCAACAGUCUUAUGGUAAGGUAAUCCUGCAGCUCUCAUUGCUCAAGAAGACUUUCUACUCAAAAAGAAGCAUAGAAUCAAUUUAGUACCUGGUGACUAUUCUCUCAAGAAAAACAAGACCUGGAUAAUCCCACCCUUUCGAUUCUGCAUCCAAAUCCUCUGAUCUGUUGAAAGACCUAACCUAACUGAAACAGCAUCUCAUCAGCCUAAAGCAAAAUAGCUACCUUUCAUUCACAUUCUUUGAUUUGUUGUUAAUGUGACAGCCUGUGAAGGAGAUGUAACCUGAUGAGAACUUGACUUGGAGAGGUUCUGAGCCUCCUCAGCUUCCAAGGGGCUUGUCACUCGGUGGGAUUUAGCCCCUGCUAAAGAAUGACUUAAAAAAGAAACCCCAGAAAAUGUUACAUCUCUAGUCUUGACUUUGUAGAUGCAAUGAAAGCCCUUCCUAGUGCAAUACAAGCAGUAAAUAAGUUGAAAUAAGGAGGGAAAAAAAAAUCAUGGAGAAAAAAAAUAAGAAGCCUACCAUUGGGGGUGGAAAGGUCUUCCAAAAACCUGGUCAGUUUGGAUUUUAACCUCCCAGUUUGCACAUUUGUCCUUAACUAAAGCAAAGAGCAGUGAAAUACUUCUUUGGGAAGUGAAUAUGCUGCGGCUACAAACACAGUUGCUUAAAACAGAAAUGCAUCUGGACGGUGGAGUGUUGUUAAGUAUUGUAUACGUAGCAGAGUUCUAUACAAGGCAUUUUCUUCAUAUGAAGUGUAUCUCGUGUUUUCUUGUAUGAGAGGGAAGCAAAGAAGUAAAGUGAUUCCAGGUGUUCUCUUUACACUGGAUGUUGUUUCCAGCUGUUUCUUACCUUUUGUUACAUCUGUGGGUUUGGUCCUCUUCCUGAGUCAUCCUGUCUUUAUCAAGUUGGUUGGCAUCAGCUCCCUGUAAAACACUGGUGGAUAAAUCCUGCUCCUACCCCAAAUUAAUAACACGAGCAAAAGGCUGCAUACUUCAUUCAUCUAACUUUGUGGUGAUUUUUGCCAUGUUCUGCUGCAACAGAACAACUGAGGAAAGUGCAUAGCUUUGUUAGAUGCACGCUGUAGUGCUCAGCUGUCUGUUUCUGCAGUGUCCUUUUCUUACAAAAUGGAUAGGCAAGUUUCUGAGGUCUAUACAUCUAACUAGGCAUCUUUUCUAUUUAACUUUGCUCCUUUUCUUUUUGUCACCUGGAUAUUUCCAUGUUCUUUGUUGACAGCUGCAGAGUUCCCUAAAAGUAUCCCAUGUGGAAGAUCUACUGUCUACUGACUAGAGGGGAGCAGUGCAUUGAGGAAUAAGGACUGCAGUCAUGUAACUGCCCUGAAACACAACACAGCUUAUUUCUCAUUCUUCCCCUGAAGUCUUUUUCUUGGUUUUCAUUUGUUGUGCAGUCUGUUGGAAUCUAUGGGAUCUCUGAAUAAAACCAAAUUAUAUGUCCUCUGUGCACAUGUGCAUGCAGAUAGAUGUGUGAGUGUGCAUGUGUACGUGUGCAUGUGUAGCUAGGUAGCUAGCUAGCUCUGGAUCAGGAAGGGGUUCCAAUGCAACAGCAGUCACAUUAACUGUGGAACACUGACAUAAAUCUGUAGUCCACUACUUAAACAGCAUACAUGCACACAUAUUUUUGGCUAAUGCACUUGGUUGGCCAAAUGCACUUAUCUAGAUAUUUGCCCAAAUAAAAUGUUUGCCUCUGUUCAAAACUAGACUCCCAGACCUGGCCCAGUGUAUUUUUGCUAAUACCUACUCUGAGGGAAAAGAUGAAAUGUGCCUCUUGGACACUUAGCUACAAUAUAAAUAAAGCUGUGUUGCUCAGUAGGUUUUGCUGGCUGAAGUGAGCAGCCAGGGGACUGGCAGCUCUAGGGCUGUAUUGUUGAGCUCAGUCCCUCAUUUCCACUGAAUUUCACAUUCACCUAACAGGGGAAUAAAAUGCAAAGAACAAAAACAAACUAACUAAACCACCCAUAAUCUAACAUUCCUCUUUGUCUGCAUUAAAAAGGAUAGUAAAAAAUUAUCAAGUCAUUGAACAGUUAGCAGUACAAUUGAUAGGUUCUAAAAUAAUCUCUUGUAUCCAGAGACCCAUAUGAAACAGCUCUUUCCCCACCUCAUAUACUCUGCAACAUCUUGGCUAUGAAUAUCUUUGCAAAUAAUAUGAAUAAGGUAAUCAGAAUGUACAGCCACUAAUAAUUACCUUUCCUGUAGUCUUUGGCAGAGCCUUUUGAGGAACAUCUUUAACGUGUCAAGAAGACUGGUAGAUUAUCAGGAGGAGAAGGAAUUGGUCGGUGAGCGUAGUUAGCAUGUAUUCCACGAGAAGUGAAGGAUCUCUGGAACACAUUUUGCUCUCAUUUCAUUAGCAGGAUGAAUCAGUGUGUUAAACUACAGCUGCCUACUUUGGUAUUGUGUGGCCCUGAAGUAGCUUUUUAUUCUUUCUAUUCUGGAAUUCUUUUGUCAUUGUCACAUAAAGGGUAAUUGAUGAUUUGAGGUGUUGGUUUUUGUUUUAUUUUUCCUUUCCUUUUCACUCCUACAAAGUUGAGUAAACGUUAUUCCUUUUCUUAUAUUGGUGGCAUUUCCCUUCCUCGUUUGAGUAAGAUGAUAAAUGCAACAGUUUUGGCUGGAUGAUUUUGGGGUGAGGUUUUCAUUUUGGUUUGGGGUUUUCCUUUGGUUAAAUGUACAUUGUCUCUCUAUAGUCAAAAUGUCUGUGACUGUAACAGUAUGUAUUUCUUUUACUGGAGAAAAUAGACUUUUUGGUUUUUGUUAACAGUACUAGUGACUUUGUGGAAAAUGACAAGUUGCUAUUUAGAUCUGCUUAGUAAGUACAGUACACUACAAUACAGUAUUUCUGAAAACUAGAACAUACAGUACACAAUAUAUAUAGCAAUUCUAUAUCAAUAUAUAUACAUAGUAUAAUCAUUUAACUUUUGCAUCUGCCUAUGAUCAUAGAAUAUUUUCACAUUUAUCAUUCACAACCCAACCAACAGCUGCAGCUACUUGAAGCAUUUAACAAUCAUUAUUACAGCUCUAUUGUGCUUUUUCAUAUUAUUUGCUUCUUUAUUGUCUUUACAAGUAUUUUUUUUUCAGGCUUUUAAAAAUCUCUAUGUAGCAAGAUGUAGGAAAGAAAUUUCUUAUGAAAAGGUAAAACAGUAUUAGGUUCUACAAAAAGUUAGAUGUUGUUCCCUGCUAUCCCUCUAAUAUCAGAAGAACAAUUAAUCAGGAUGAUUAAGAUUACCUAUUUGCUCUCUUCAAAGAUGUCCUAUUGUUUCAUUUGCAAAAGCAUCUGUCAGACUUUCCUCUUCCACUACCACCAGCCUUGGAGAAAGAUGCCAGAAGUGAUCCUUCACUCUUUCCAAAUUCUAUUUCUUUUGAAGUUUUAUGAUUUCCUAAAAUUCUUCCCCCACCAAGAAGAAGAAAUACAAUUCUUUUUAACCGUCGUUCUGAAUGUGGCCAGUGGAGUUUGACAAGGAUUGGGUACAAAACACCUCCGUCCACUGCUAUUAAUAUAUUCCAAUUAGAUUUUCCAUAUCCACUUGAACAUUUCUUUUUCAAAGGGCAACACCUCCCUGAAGUUGGGAGCUUCAGUUUGAAAGUUUCCCAAGGUUGCCUAUGUCAUCUUCCAGUUGGUUCUGAGCUUUGAGUCGGACCUAUUUGGGUUUCUCCAUGGAGCUGCUGAAAAAAUGUCACUAGGGCUAUUUCAACAUCUGAACAGCCCAGAAGAAACUGAUUAACACCCAAACAUAGUGCCUUGGGGUGUCCUUUCCCUGUUCUCAGAGCAGAUCACACAGGCAGCGAGUCUAAAUCCAGACUUUGUGCAAAUCCAGACUUAUGAGCUUGGAAAUUUGUUUGCUUUUCCAGUUUGACUGCAUCUCAGCUGAUCUUUAUUCUUUUGGUCAGUAACAUUAAUUCGAGAUGGAAAUGUGUAAUAUCAAGUGGACGAGUCGUGGAGGAGGUAUUCAUUGUAUCCCAUUUCUUCCAACUGUAAGGACUGGAAGAAAUGAGAAAUGGUCACACAGAUUAUGAACUGUGCUUUCAUUGAGAAUGAAAAAAAUCUGUGUCACUGCAAAUCAAUAAACUUAAAGUUGAUUUUGGAGUGAGAGGAGAGGGAAAGUUUUUUCUAUGCCACCUUUUGGUGUCAUAGUGUUAGAACUUCAAGCACAGGAGUCAUCAGGAGCUGGCAGUCUUUACAGACUCCUGCCAUCUGCCAUCUGCACUUACAUGGAGGCCACUACCGCAUCCUUUUUCUUUCUACACGCAGUUUAAAAGUCAUGGUCUUCCAGCAGUGAUUUCUAGCUCUGGCUUGUCUUUAUACUGUGUAUAUCCAUUUGUGAGGGAAGGAAGAGACUACUGACUUGCCCUAUAACACAACAGAUUAUUUUGGUCCCCUUAAGCCAAAAAGGUGCCAUUUCCCAAAUUAAUUUCGGUUAGCUGCUGUGACAGAGUGCUGAUUCAGUGGUCCAUAAUUUCUGACCGUGGUCUUUGCCUUUUCCUUUGACUCAGUGCUAAAUCAUACAUAUUUUAGUAGAGAGUGUUCUCACUUCACUGAGAAUGCCUGGUCAUUUAAAUGGCUGCAUACUCAUUCCAUGCUUCCCCUGCUAAUCCUUUGUAAGGUUCAGUAAUUCAUGUAGGAUAAUGACUAGUUAAUAUGUUUCUUGAUUUAACUUCCUCAUUGCCUUUUAUUUUUCCUAAUGCUUUUUUAAGCACCACCGCUCAUUUUGCAUCUUAUACAGUUUACAGUUUAUAUUUUUAGGCUAAGAAGUGGUUUUACAAACAGGAUGGUACCAAACAGGUAGAUUAUCCACACUAGAGAUUGUACUUUUAGAAUGCAGUGUGUACAGAUACAAUUGCCUAAGGGAAAGUGAAACUAACAAAAUAAUCAGCUGGUGAACACUAUUUUAACAUAUCUUUUACAUAAAGGAUAGUCAGUCAUUUGUGAAUCCAGAAAUCUUGCUUUUUUGUACACGUAUCCUUUCUUUUUCAUUCUCUGAAGAAACGCUAACCUUGAGAAUCAUUAUGUUCUACAAACUUGUAUGUGCACAUUUUCUGUUUUUCUGAAGAGAGAGAAAACAGAAGGUGAUACUGGCUUUGCAGUUUUCUAGUCUUGCAUUGGAGACUUGCCUUGAAUUGCAUAAAUAUUAAGGGAAGACUCUAUCCAAGUAUUAGCUUUAUCCUAUUAUAUGGUUCUCAUUGUUGUUUUCUGUUUCCAUCUCCUCGUUGACCAAGUAGAUCUCCUGGGCUAAUGCAAGCCAUAUUUCUGCAGAUCAUAGCAUUACUAUUCAGCUCCCUUCUGCACUCCUUAUCUGUUUAUUACGGCUUUUGAGGAACGCGACAGUGGAAGCAGGUAACACUGUCACCACAAGAGGGAGAACGUUGUACUAAGAGAGCACUACCGUGUACUACUGUGCGGGGACAGAAAGGGAUUCUAAAGCUCUAAUCUGCAAGGCUGAAUAAGAGGAGGGUCCCUCUGCCUUGGGGGAGCUUGUGCCAAAGACUGGGGGAUCUUCCAAGAGAGAGGAGUGUUAGAAAUCCAUACAAGGGACUUGCUCUUCACCCACUCCACUUAGAGAAAAAGACUGAAUUGUCAGCAUCUGCUGCUGCUCUUUUUUAUUUGUAUAUGACUAUCUUUAGCUUUUUAAAAUGUAUAGUUCCUGUUUAUUGAUGGGAGAGGUGUCACUGUUUUAGUUUUUGGAGUCAGAACUAAAUUAGUUCACAAGUAUCUUCAACAAGUUUCAUUGUCUUUUGGGGCGUCUCCUUUUUCCUUUGACAUAAUACCAGAAUGUAGACUGGAUUUCUGUGAAACUCAGGAUCCUUUAAAUCUUUGAUUUAUUCCCAGUUCCAUAUAUAAUGAGCAUUCAGUCCCUUGGAUCCCUGCUCCAAAGUUCAGAUUCAAAGAAACUCUUACACUGCAGUGAUACGAGAAAAAACCUGUGGUUUUCCCUAUGCUCCAUUCCUAAUCAGCUUUUGUUGCUAAAUGUAAGAUACAGAGGCUGCUCAGUUCAGGCCAGAUGUCCUGUAUAACCUUCUUGUCAGCAUCAGAGAGGUCUGUACUUAAUCCCCAAAACAGAAUAGACUGAUGCUUUCUGGGCCAAAUCCUGCAGACAUGACUUGCAGACUCUUUUGUUGACUUUGUGCAUCCUAUCAGACUGGGAAAGCAUACUUAGUCCUAAAGAAGAUCAUAGUCCUAAGAACUAAUUUCAUAUACAUCCUUUAAGAUGUCACAGGACUGUUCCCCAUAGCUUAGAAUGUUCCUGCCCAAGGUUUUCACUCUUCCUAAAACUGACUUAAGAUUUGAUUUCAUUCUGCCGGGCAGAUUUUGCCAUUUUUAAGGGCUCUGCGAUUAACGGGACUGCUUCUUGCUGGGAGGCUCAAUGAAAAGAAUUACACAGAAUACAGGGCAGGACAACCACUUCCCAUUGAAUAACACAUUGUGUAUUGGUUUUUGUCCAUAAAGUCAUAAAUAGCCUUGAGUCCUUCAUGCCACAAGUACACAAGUACAGAGCCUCUUUUGAUUGGUGAUAGCAUGUUAAUCUUAAAUAAUUAAACAGGAGGCCACAACAGCUAGUUUAGAUAUAUGAUACACAGCAGUUGCUUUUCCCUAAUUUGCAGCAUUGUUGUGUCACUUUUCUAUUACUAGAACAAUGUACAAGCACUUGGGGUGUAAAUGAGAGCUAUGACCCAUGAACAUUGCAGCAGUGAUGUGAGUUAAAUGAUUCUACAUUUCUGGCUAUUUUACCCUUAGGCUCUCUUGUGGUACCUUGUUCUGUAAUCAUUUGGGCGAAAUAAAAAUGUUUAUUUGUGAUGUCUGAUUAAAAUAACCCAAAAUUCAGAGAAUACAUAAUGUUUUUCUUUAGACUUCCUUUAAAAAAACAUAUGAUUGCAUCUUGUGUGCAGGAGAAUGGAUGGGAGCCCGCAUAGUUUGGCACGAGCUUGCCAUUUUAGUGAACUGGACACCCUCAAAAUACAGUCAAUAGAGCAAAAUUCAUUGCUGGUGGUUAUACUGGCUAAACUGAUGUUUAUAGACCUUACAGAAGAGCUAGCGAGUAUUACCUGUUUUGUGUCUUGUGCAUUCUUUGACAUGGGACACACUGCUAUGGCUCUGCACCCACGGACAGAGGGUUUAGAUGCUUGGCCCCUUCCCAUAGUUAGCAAUUCAGUUGUGGUCUCUAUUUUUUCUGACAUUCUCAUUGCUAAAAAGUAAACAGCAAGUAUCCUCAUGACCUGGCAUUUUUCUGCUUUGGAGAUGAAUAUUUAGGAUUCUCACACUCUUAAUUAGACUCUUCUUUAACUCCUUGCUUCUUUCUGUGCUUUUGAAGCCCUUCUAAUCUUUAGAAUGAAACAGAGUGUAUCUGUGUGUCUGACUUGAGGACAUGGUUCUUCUGUUUCUGCAAGAGAAAGAAAAAGGAGGAACAUGUUUCUCAUUUAUGCUUUGGUUUAUUUGUUGGUGUUUGCUUUUGUUUACGUUCUAGGUAGGCUGCAAUAUUCAACAAGGAACUGGGAGUGGGAGAAAAGGGAGAAGGCAUGAGAAAGCAUGUGCCUGAGCCUAGAUAAAGUAUCAUGCAAUAUUACUCUACAUACUGAGCAGCUGUAGACAGACUUGUACAGCAGCAGCAGGAUUGCCCUAGUAUGAUUCUCUUUCUAUACAUUUCCCUUUCUUCCUCUUCCUCCCCCACUGUGGCCUCUUACACUCUUUCAGAGGUUCCCCACACUCCUUUCUCUCUGUUAUGAGUGUUAGAUGGAAGUUCUUGUGGCUGUCCAAACAGAUGUUAAUCUCCAAGUACUGGUGAAACCCCCGUUGUCUUUAUUGUGUCUUUUCCAAGUGAUACCUUAGUGAAUGGCAAGCCCUGGCAGAUGUUGUUUUGUUGAAACAGAUCAAUGAACUAGGGGAGACAUAACCUGAUUGGGAUCUGGUAACCUACUCGCCUUUGUUAACUUCAUAAUAUUUUCCUACGUAUUUUCAGUUUUAGGUACGUAAAAGCUUAUAUGCCUGUCAUUAAAAUUCCUGCUUUUCCCACCAUAGCUCUAGAAGAGCUAUGAAAAAAAAGUCCUUUAUAUAUAUUUUGUGUGUAUUUGAAAGGUGAGGGAGGAAACUUUUCCAUGCACGUGUGACUCUGCGUGCGAGGGUGAAAACUGAAGUUAGUGUUGAUCUGUCCAUUUGUUUUAGGGCGGCCAGAGAGCUGCCACUUUGAGAAGUUGAUUGCACUACAGAACCUUAGCUUGGGCACUGUUAAAAUGAAGACUGUAUAUUGGGAACAGGGAAGUUGUUUGUUUUUUUGUUGUUUUUUUUUUUGUUUUAUCCACACUUACACAUGCCCUUUGCAAGGCGUACCCUUGCAGAUUUUGCAUCUGACAAGCUUGUGUAAAACCACUACUGACCUUUUUGCUGUAUCCAUUUAGUUCUCUCUUCUUUCUGCAGUCCCCAGAAAAUGUUGUCUCGUUUCCAUUUUCAGUCAUUUGGUUUCUUACGUUUUUGAUAAUUAUCCUGUCUACUCAUGAGAUCUCUGUAUUGAGCAGGAGGAGGAGAGAAAUUGAGGCAUGUGAAAGUGUGACUGGGAGACUGCAAAUCCCCCUUUGUUUGGGGGCAUUCAUAUACUUUUACUGAGAGCUGAUUUCUUGGGGGUUGGGUGGGGUGGGGAGGGAGUUUGUGCUUUUUUGGUCUGGAUAAGGCUUUUUAUUUUUGCACUAAGUAUGACUGCACUGCACUGCAUUGCACUACUGAAAUGUAUUUACAAGUGGUGGGAUUGGAAGGGGCCAAUUAAGCAGGAAGGGAAAGGAGAAAGGGAUGGGCACAGAAAUCAGAUGUAUCACAGACUUGACCAAGUUGAAAGAUAUCUGGGGGUAUCUGUACUUUAAGAAAUUAGUCAGACACUGAGAUAGCUGUACUGGGUAGCUUCUGUAAUAAGUAAAUGAAUAAAGAAAUAUGAGUAACAAAAAGCACUAUAGCAAAAACAGAAGAGGCAUCACAGGAUUCAGAGCACUGUAGAUCUUUUUCCCAUAUUUUAAAGAGUGUUCCUUGUGGCUAUGAAAGAGUUAAGGGGCCUACUUAGCAUAAAUCUAGAGUAAGGCGCUUCAAUUUGAAAAUACCAGUUUCUAGUUUAAAAUCUGCUCAGGAUCUGCCUUGUCAGAUGGGAUCUUUUUAGAGAGAUUCGGCUGUGAUUAGUGUCCCUUGGGUGUAAGUAUGAUCUCCCAGCUCAAGAAGUGAAGCCACAAAGCAAGCUUACCAAAGGGGAAGGUCACUGGAAAAAAAAAAAAAGAAAAAAAAAAAAGCUCUUUUUUCAAAGGUUGUUAUGGGAAUGGUGCAAUAAAGUCAUUCUGAACACUCAAUCAAAAGUGUUCCAGUCAAGCCUUUGGGGCAGAAGGAGCAGGCAGGACAAGUGGACAAGGAAGUGUGAUGUAGAAUUCAGUGUAAUAAGGAAUAAUCCUGGUUGGACAAAGAUGCUCUCAGGCAUUUUUAGAUCUCCAGUCUGAUCUCUCUACUCAAACAAACAGUAAAGCAUGGGAAAGGCUUCUGGCUGGAAACAAAUGGAAUUCAUAGCAUAGUGUUUUUACAAUCAUGAUUCAUGGUGGCCUGUAUCUUGGUCCUCAACCCUUUAGCAAGGAUAAUAGGAGAAAAAAGAAAGCAAUGGCAAUGUGCAGCAAGGUCCAUCUCUGCUGUAGCUUGUUGUAAUCUAUAAACUCUAAAAUGUUUGUUUUGAUCUCUUCAGUAAAAUUAUAAUUACAACUUUUUCCAGAAGAUAGAGUCAUAAAUAAUGCUCUGUAUAACAACUAGGAGAGGAGUGUAAAACAUGAGGGCAUCUGCAGUUGCAGGGGCCACCUGUCUAAUGUGCACAGAGGUUUUUUGAACAAAAGAGAGGAGGCAAGCAUCCUGUUCCUAAGGAAAGCCUACAGUAAUUGCGUGUUCAAAAGUCUUUUCAUGCCCCGAGUUUAUCUGUAGGCCUGAAGCUAAGACCUUUUGGCAUCCUUAGUAUCAAAUAGUGUAGGCCUUACACAGAGCUGCAAAGUGCAGAGCUAAUUGUUGCUGGUCAUUGUUGGGCUGCCUCAUUCAAGAAAAGUAGCAAGAACUGGAGGAAAAUAAUAUACCUGAGGCUGGUCCUGGGUGAGAUGAGCAAGCCUGUCUGGAACCAGAAGAAAAUUAAUAGUUAAGAAUGUGUCUGUCUAAGAAACUCUGAGACUUCCAUUUUUGGUUAGAUUUCAUCAGUCCUGGCUUGGGAGUGCCAGAAGAAAACUGGAGAUAACCCCUGAUAUGGUGCCAGGUGAACUAUUGAAUGGCUCUUCCCUCAGGAGCAGGCAAUUCAGUGGAACACGUGGUCUCUUUCCAGUCCAUCUGUGGGAAUCCUGGAAGGCCGCCUUCCAGUAACGAGGCAGAGGUCACCCAACGAAAGCACAGUACGUUUGAGAGCCAGCAUAAUACAGUGUCUGGAGAGCACAUUUCAUUUGUAAAGUGGCAUUUGCUUCCAUGUGAGUGGUUAUAGCUACAGGUUCAUGAUAUGGGAGGGAAUCAAGUCUUGUCUACUGAGGUUAGUUCAGGUUAUGAGCCAAUACUCCCCCUCCUAGGUUAGGUGAGUUUUUGUUUUGUUUUCUUGUUUAAAGCAACUGCAUAUAUUGCUACUGUCAGAGUGGAUUUGCGUUGUCAAAGAGGAAUAGCGGACUACUCCCCCCAAAAAAUGAAGCUGAGGGUUUACUGAGCCUGCUGUGUCCAGAGUGCCUUUCCUGCUGUGGUAAAAUAAAGAACUUCUGUAGUUUGAGCUGUUCUGGCUGACUGAUUGCUGCAUACUCCUCCCUUGUGGGGUGACCUGAUGUCAGCCGUGUUUGGACAAGGAGAGGAACACUGCAUGCUUGCAAUGCUGUGAUAAGAUGCCAUUUGCACUAGUUUGUUUUGUUGUUUUUUUUUAAAGUACUGCGACCUGAAGAAGUGGGCUUUGAGCCAUGCACAAAUUUGAAUUCAGACUGUUUAAACCUAGUUCCUUCUGACUCAGUUUCAAUAAAACCAAUCCCAUCCAUGUAAAGAAGAACCAAACCACUUUUAAAAGCCACAUUCCAGCCUCUGUUCCUGUUCGGUUACAGCUCUCAGCCAGAUCAGUUCCUGGAUGUAUAGUUGUACAGUGAUUGUAUAGCUUUACAUGGCUUUUAAACAGGUUGUUCCUUUUUAUGUGGUCAGUUUGAGACAAGUUUAACUGAAAAUACGUUUAAAUAUAGCACAAACUCGGUUCUUUCAGCAUGGUACUAAGGCCCCACAUAAGACAGUGCUUGACUGAGAAACCAAGGAUAACUUGAGGUUCAUUUUAAGAAGCCAAAACAUAAGUUGUUGAUUAGAGAUGCCACAUAACUUAAUGCCCUAUUUUUUUCUCCAGAUGGAGAAACACUAACUUCCAUAAUUCGCCUCCAUAUGUCAUCCUGCUUCAUUGUUGCACCUUUUCUCUUGAAUGAAAAUCACUUUGGCCAGUGGGCUAGAUCCAAAACAGAACUUCCCUUUGCUGUUUGAUAGCUAGUUUCUGUAUGUUCCUUUGCUAGACACUGACAAGCACUACUGAGGAUCACCUUGAGAAUGUGCUGGGUCUGCGUGGCUUCGUUUCAGUUCAGUAAGAUUCUAGUGAUGUUUUCAAUGUUAUCGUAAGUGUGUAGCAUACCCUUUAAGAAAAUACUAUGUUUCAGAAGUUCCAGUG